AUGGUGCACCAGAAGCAGCGUAACACCUCCGUUUCUCCUUCUGUAAUUGACCGGAACAAUUCUGAUAUGUCAUUGCAUGCCAGGGACACGGUGGUAUCGAUUGACGCCGGGAAGCACGCAGAUGAUGAACAAGAACAGUCGUUCGCCGCCAAUCGCAAGUCUUUUCAGGCCAGUGGUGCCGAUACAGACUCGCUCUUGAAGCCACCAUUGCAUCGACGGGAUAGUGAUCCGGUGAACAAGUACAAACGGAGGCCGCCGUUCGAGUGGCUCCAGAGAUGGCUUAGGUCGUUGAAUAUGCGACCAGGCGAAGAACUUGGUGGAAGCGACAUGGGUCACCGACCGCCAUCCAACUGGGUCAUCACGCUGGCACAAAACACAGGUCGUUCAUACGACCUGGAGGAUCGUCACCGGCGCUGUCUUCGUUACAGCGUUUAUGUGACAUUACCAUCGACGAUCAAACUUCAACCCCCGCGUCGGUCAGUCGUUGUAUCGAAUAUCGUUUCGCUUCGCUUACCUUCGAAAAUGUGGAUCAGUCCACAGAGGGCCAUUUCGCUGUGGAUUCUCGUUGCUUCCUUUAACCUGGUCGCUGGUGACGCUGUCGAUCCGUGUAAACGACAGGUAUACAAGGCACGUUGCCAGGACCCUCGCACCGGCCAAGUGAAGCCGUCCCGGUUCGUGCUGAGGUACUACCGAAGAGGCAACCAAUGCGUGUCGUAUCCGUAUGGCCUGUGCGAAAACGAUCCUGAUUUGCCCGAUUUGUUCGAGAUCCGAAAGGACUGUCAGCAGGCUUGUUUCGGCCGUUCGGUACAGGUACCAGUCGCUACGACGACAAAACCAAGGCCUUCUCCGUCCUCUUCAAAAUUAUCUUCCUCAACACCACCAUCUUCGGUAGUUAUAACACGAACUUCAGCUGGAUCUACGGUGGAUGAUUUCUCUACUACCGUUGAGGCUGCUCGGAACAUAACUGCCUCAAAGCCGGUCACCUCAUCUCUGGUAGAUACCACAACGAAAAUGCCAUUGCCAGAGUCCAGUCUGGUGCAAGAUUUGGUGAAGACGCAAAAAUCAAGUAAGAGUUCUUACCUCAUUCAUAUGCAGUUGUAA